AUGGCAUUGAAUUAUGAUUAUGAUGAAUCAAGCGAAACUUGGCCAUUUUUCUUGCUAGCUGUGAUAGUUAUUAUAUUAGUACCGUUAACUGUAUGGCAAUUGAUAUGGAUAAUUCGUGGUGGUGAUAACAAUAAAAAUAAUAAUGUAUCGAAAAAUGAUGAUAAAGCAAAUGAUGAAGUUAUGAAGCCACUUAAUAAUAUUUAUACAUCUAUUGCAAUUAAGAACUUUCGUAAGAAAUUUUUGAAAAAUAGUGUCAAUAGAAUCUUUAACAAAUGGAAUCUAUUUAUUGCAAUAUUAUGGGCUCUCGUGAUUUUCUUGAUCAAAAGAGUUAACAGUAAUGAUGCAAUUAAGGAAGCUGCAUUAGGGUUAUUUGAUCCAUAUGAACUGUUAGGUAUAUCAACAAGCGCCACUGAUAAAGAAAUUAAAAGUGCUUACAGAAAAUUGUCUUUGAAGUAUCAUCCAGAUAAAUUACCAAAAGGUUUAACCGAAAAGGAGAGAACAGCUUUAGAAGAAGCAUAUGUUCAAAUCACAAAGGCAUAUGAAGCUUUAACCGAUGAAUUGAUCAGAAAUAACUAUUUGAAAUAUGGUCAUCCAGAUGGUCCACAAGCUGUGUCUCACGGUAUUGCGCUACCAAGUUUUUUAGUAGCUGCUUCUACUUCCCCAUUCUUAGUGGCUACCUAUAUCUUAUGCUUUGUUUUGGUCUUGCCUUGGGCUGUUUCUAGAUGGUGGGCAAAAACCCAAUCCUAUACUAAAAAGGGUUUACAUACUUUAACUGCAUCAUAUUUUGUCGAUAGAUUAGUCAAUUAUAAACCUAGUGAAAUUAUUACUAUUGAUUUAAUUAUUAAAUGGUUAUCCAAUGCACAAGAAUUUAAGGAUUUUUACCCACAUUUAACUCCGAAGGAUUUUGAAAAAUUGUUACAAGAUCAUAUUCACCGCAGAGACAGUGGUGGGCAAAAUGAGAUUAAAUAUAGAAUUGUAGCUAAGUGCCACUCACUUCUUUACGGUUUACUAGAUGUUAUUUGUGCAUUCAGAAAUACCGAUGCCGCCAUUAUGACCUUAAACACGUUCAAAGCCAUUGUCCAAGCAGUACCAUCUGUUACCGAUGCUGAAAUCUAUCAAUUACCAAAUGUGGAUAAAGAAAUUUUCCAAAAUGGAUCAGUCGAUGAAAUUCACACUUUAGGUAAAUUAUUUACCUAUGAUGAUUCAAAGAUUGGUAAAAUUCUUGGUAUUAAAGACGAAACACAUCUAAAAGAAACUUUACAAGUUGCUUCAAAUAUCCCAAUUUUAAAACUUUUAAAAGCAGAUUUUGUAGUCCCUGGUGAAGAAUAUGUCACACCAUCUUCCAUUGCUCAUAUAUCUAUCAAGGUUUUGGUCAGAUCUGCUAAACAUAAACUAAUUCCAGCUGAUAAAUUUCCACAAGAAAAAUAUGAAGAAUCUAAAUCUUUUGAGGACCUAAGAGAUCCUUUUGCACAAAUGGGGAAACAACCUAUGUUGCCAUAUACCUUUGCACCAUAUUUCCCUACAAAUAGACGUAAUGCAUGGUGCUGUAUGGUUAUUUUACAAAAGGACAAUAAAAUUAUUCAAAAUCCAUUAGUAGUUGAAAAAUUAUCAUUAAAAAAUUUACAAAACAAUUUUGGAAAAUUGGAUAUUAAAGAUUUUGAUAAAGAUUUUAACCUAGAGGACUGGGAAAUCGGUACUAUAAAGAUUCCAUUAGGCCAACAAGCUCCCCCAGAAAAGGGUAACUAUUAUUUCAGAAUUGUUAUUAAAUCCACUGAUUAUUUUGGUUCAGAUCUUGAUUUUACAAUGGCUAUGAAUGUUUGUGAUCCUCCAAAGUUAGAAGUAGCUGAAAUUGAAAAGGAAAUGAAUGAACUAUAUAGUGAUGAUGACGAGGAGGAAGAUUUUGAGGAAGAUGAAGAAGAUUAUAGUGAUUAUACAGAUAUUGAUACAGACACAGAAGUAGAAGAAGAUGCUGUCGUAGAAGAGUAA